GUGCCAGCGGCUGAGUCCCGCUGGUGGCGAAGGCCCGGUGAGCCGACCGUGCCAGCUACCCUAAAACCGAAAGCAGCUCUGGACGGCGAGCCGAAGGCAUAUGUGAUAGGCUGGCGGGGGGACUGAGGCGACCCGGGACACCCGCACUGGCCGACCCCCACCCCCACCCCGGCAUUGGGCAAGCGGAACCCGUUAACGUGAACUUAAUGCCAGGGACGAAGACCUGCACCGGUGCUAUAGUGCGUGCAUGUUUGGAGAUAGCGCCCGACUUUCCAGAAGAAUGUCCCAAUCCGAGGAACAAGGAGCUGUCCCCUGUGCCUUCAUCCGCCAGAAUUCCAGCAACUCCAUUUCCUUGGACUUUGAGCCUGACACAGACUACCAGUUUGUGGAGCAGCUGGAAGAACGCUACAAAUGUGCCUUCUGCCACUCCGUGCUUCACAACCCCCACCAGACAGGCUGUGGGCACCGCUUCUGCCAGCACUGUAUCCUGUCUCUGAGGGAGCUGAACACGGUGCCCAUCUGCCCUGUGGACAAGGAGGUCAUCAAGCCCCAGGAGGUGUUCAGAGACAAUUGCUGCAAGAGAGAGGUCCUCAAUUUACAGGUCUACUGCAGAAAUGCCCCGGGGUGCGACGCCAGGAUCAUUCUGGGAAGGUUCCAGGACCAUCUUCAGCAGUGCUCCUUCCAAGCUGUGCCCUGCCCUAACGAGGGAUGCCGGGAAGCCAUGCUCCGGAAAGAUCUGAAGGAACACCUGAGCGCGUACUGCCGGUUCCGAGAAGAGAAGUGUAUUUACUGUAAAAGGGGCGUGGUGGUCACCAGCCUGCAGGAUCACGAGGAAAACGUGUGUCCUGCGUACCCAGUGUCUUGUCCCAACAAGUGUCUGAGGACUAUUCCGAGAACUGAGGUGAAUGAACACCUCACUGUGUGUCCUGAGGCCGAGCAAGACUGUCCCUUCAAGUACUAUGGCUGCACCGUCAAGGGUAAGAGGGGGACUUUGCAGGAGCACGAGCAGGCAGCCCUGCGGGACCACAUGCUUCUGGUUUUAGAGAAGAACUUCCAACUAGAGCAGCAGAUCUCUGACUUAUAUCAGAGCCUCGAACAGAAAGAAAGCAAGAUCCAGCAGCUGGCGGACACCGUGAAGAAGUUCGAAAAGGAGUUUAAGCAGUUCACGCAGAUGUUUGGCAGAAACGGAAGUUUCCUCUCAAAUGUCCAGGCUCUGACCAGCCACAUCGACAAGUCGGCCUGGCUGGAAGCACAGGUGCGGCAGCUGCUGCAGACAGUUAACCAGCAGCAGAACAGACUGGACCUGCGGUCCCUGGUGGAAGCGGUUGACACUGUGAAACAGAAGAUCACCCUGCUAGAAGCCAGUGACCAGAGAUUAGUUGUCUUGGAGGGGGAGACCAGCAAGCACGACGCACACAUUAACGUCCACAAGGCCCAGCUGAACAAGAACGAGGAGCGGUUCAAACUGCUGGAGGGCGCCUGCUACAGCGGCAAGCUCAUCUGGAAGGUGACCGACUACAAGGUGAAGAAGAGGGAGGCCAUGGAGGGGCACGUGGUGUCUGUCUUCAGCCAGCCUUUCUACACCAGCCGCUGUGGCUACCGGCUCUGUGCUCGAGCGUACCUCAACGGGGACGGGUCUGGGAAGGGGACGCACCUGUCCCUGUACUUUGUGGUAAUGAGGGGUGAGUUUGACUCGCUGUUACAGUGGCCCUUCAGGCAGAGGGUGACCCUGAUGCUUCUGGACCAGAGUGGCAAGAAGAACCACAUUGCGGAGACGUUCAAAGCUGACCCCAACAGCAGCAGCUUCAGACGGCCCGAGGGCGAGAUGAACAUUGCCUCUGGCUGCCCCCGCUUUGUGUCGCAUUCUACCCUGGAGCACCCCAAGAACACCUACAUUAAAGACGACACCCUGUUCUUGAAAGUGGCCGUGGAUUUGACUGACUUGGAGGAUCUGUAAAUCUUAGCUGAUAGGAAACCUUGGUCUGGAAGCACAGGGGCAGAUGACCGCGUUCUAAGCCCGGACUUCUAGGCCACACAUGCUCUUGGUUUUCGCCCUUCACCUUUAAUGUCUGAGUGUUAUCCUUUUCUCUUGGAUCCUGCCCCAGUUUGAAACUUAAGCUCUUGGAUUAUUGCUGUUAUUUAUAUUUUUAUAUGUUCUGAAAAUUAUAAUGAUCUUGACAGUAA